CUACGGCAGAGAACAGAGAAUUCCGGAUCUACAACCGGAAACCAGAACUCUUGGGGACCAAGUGCUGCUUGCCCCCUGUCCCGGAGGAUGAUAGAGAGACCAUCCUUGACUCCGGGUUUUUUGAGUUAGUUCCUGACACCCUCUCAUCCGGAGAGAUAGUAAGGGUACCUAGAAACUGGGUGCCCAAACAUGAAUUUUUUAGGGACGAAUGCUUCUUGUCCGCUUGUGGCCUAAGCAGCAUGUUUAAAAAACGUAUGUAUUCGGAACUCAGCCGGUUUCUUUCGUACCGGAUGCUUUUAUUUCCUUGCUUAUUUAUUAUUCUAACCGUGUGCCUUCCUCUGCAGAAGAAGCCAAGAAAAUGCUGCCCACUGAGAAGACACCGGCUAGGUCGGCUGCCGACAUCCGGAAAGCCAAUCUCGAGAAAAAACUUGCUGCCCAGGCGGCGAAGAAGGACGGGAAGCAGAUGCCCCGGUCCCUUCAAAAACAGGUCAGGCCUCCGCCGACCCAACAAGAGUCUGCAUCCAAGGUGCAGAAGACAGCCGACCGGCAAACUACCGGCGGCAAAUCAAUAAGGGUCCCAGACGGGCCUGGAUCUGCGGAUGUGCUUUCUGCCAUCCCAUUGAGGACCGCAACCGGUCCCUCUGAAGGCCGUUCGGGCCGCCAAGAUAAUUCUCCCCGCUGGCCGGACGGGGCACAAUAUGCCCGGGCCAUGCUGAAAGCCGUCCCCAGGGACGAGAAGGAGGCGAUCCCUGGGAUCAACUCCUUUAAUGCCGACCGGGUGCUGGUCGACCUGGCCGACGCUAUGCUGCGCGUAGAGGGGCUCAAACGAGCUUAUACCCGCAAGUCUGAGGAGGUAAGGAGAAGCAAACGGGCUGUUGAUGACGCCCAUAAUGUUGCUGACUACUCUUUGUACAUGCAUGGCUUAGAAUCUAAAUCUAUACGCAUGGAACAGGCGGAGAAGACCAAAGCCCUCCAACAGCAGAUUGAUCAGCUGAAAAACCAAGUUGACCAACUGCAGGCGUCCCUGGAUGAUGCCAAUAAAAAGUUGGAGGAACAGACAGAGCUCCUCCAACGGCUGAGCAAGGCGGAGACUGAAAAUGGCCGCCUUGCCAAAGAGAAUGAGCGCCUGCGCAAAGAGGCGGCUGCUGCCAAUGAGAACUUCAAGGCCACCUUGGAGUCGGAGCAGGAGAGGCUCAUUGAAGAGAAUGAGCAUGACUGUGCAAACCGGAUGCAACGGGCGUUUUCCCUCAUCCACCCGGAGGCGGACUUCACCGUCUGGGAACUCGCCUUCAAAUAUUCUGAUCUUGCCAUUCUGGCCGAGGAGGCGAAUGAGCCGGGGCCCGGACCCUAUGACGCUUGGGUUAGGGAGGAGAUUGCGCGACGGUAGGCGGAGGCUGCUGAAGAGGAAGAAGUCGUUCCUGAAGCCGACGCAGCCGCUCACCCUGAUCCAACCCAGAACCAACCGGAAUAGGACCGGCUCACUGUUCGCCUACAGUAGCAACUACUUCCCGGCCUGCGUGCCUAGCAUUAUCUUGUAAUAGCGCCGGAUGAGAUGGGCUAAGCUGUAAUAAUUUUUAUUUUGAAUAUAAACAUUUUCACCGGCUGAGCCGGCUUUUGAAUGCUUUUUAUGUUUAUGCACUUCAAUAUUAGAAUUCUUGUUAUUUUUUAUACAUAUUUCU